AUGGAAGCUGUCCCUGGUCCAUGCUACACAUGCCGCAAUCGGCGCAUCCAGUGCGAUCAGACUGGCGUGCCCUGCGUCAAGUGCGAAAAGGCCGGAUUGGAAUGUCUUGACAAACGGCCCUUUCGAUGGGUCAAAGGUGUCGCCAUCCGCGGGAAGAUGCAAGGUCGAUCAUAUGAGAAUGCGGGUCCUUCAUUUACGGCAGAACAUGCGUCGGUGUCGGCGAAGGCGAGGCGCGCGUUAAUUCGUUCCUCUCAGGGUCGUCUACACAGAUCGAAUAACACUUUGGGCACUGCACCGAGUAUACCGUUCAGCUUGCAAGACCCCUCUAAAUUCAAUCUGGAUCAAGCAUCCAAAUACUACAUUGAUUAUUACGAUGAACGCAUUUGCAAGCUCUUCAUUGUAUAUGACAGCGAUAAGAAUCCUUUCAGGAGCCUUAUCCCUCUGGGCAUGAAAGAUCCUGUGCUGAUGAAAGCUCUCCUGGCGCUGGCAGCACGCCACCAUGCCAACACCGGUCAGUCAUUCUACCAACUCGACAAUCCUACGUCGCCCAGCCUGAUCAAUGCGAAUCGAGAUGCGCUUCUUUUCAAGCAUCAAGCUAUGGAAGCAUUGUCGCACUCUUUGCGCGACAAGAGACUUUCUGUUCAAGACAGUACCGUGGCUAGCAUCUUCUUAUUAAUUUUUUUGGAUCUUCUGGAGUCUGGAAGUGACGGGUGGAAUUUCCACCUGGAAGGCGCAAAGAAUCUGAUCGCUUCCACUUACAAAGAUUUCAAGGAUCAGGCAGUAAUCAAUCACGGGCCUGGGGGGACAGUGCGAGACAUUCGAGAUUUUAUUAUGAAGCAAAUUUAUCUAAUUGAAACACUUGGUGCUGCAUUCUUGCGCCCGAAAAUGCUAUCUCAAGCGCCAUCUUUUGAUCAGCACGAAUCCCAGCUUCAAGAGACCAUCGAGAAGUCGUUCCUUGGAUGUUCUGAAUACAUUCUGAUGGCUAUACAACAACUUUCCAUGGAAAGAGACAGCAUUGCAGGCUCUAGGCCACUCGACAGCGAAUCUGUCGAAAUCCACAUUCAGAGUAUCACAGCAUUACUCGAACUCAUUAGAAAUUUUGAUAGCUAUGCUUGGGCAUCGAAGGUCCAGGAAUCACGAGCCUCUUCCCCGCAGGAGAUUGCUAAUCUCUGCACAUUAUCUGAAGCCUACAAGCUCGGUGCUCUCCUCUACGGCACACGUAUCCUGGACUCUGUGACAGGUGAAUUUACAGAGCAAGACGAUAAGGUCGUCGAGCUCUCAGGCCUGGCUGACUCCUUGAAGAACGACGAGGCCAUGUUCAAGUGUGUUCUUUGGCCGAUCUUUGUUGCAGGCCUGGAGUCUCAAUGGCAGGCCCAGAGAGACUUCCUUGUUGGCUGCAUGGAGAGAUUCUGGGAAAUCACUAGGUGUUUAAAUGCCAUCAACGCGACAAACAUCUUGCAAGAGUACUGGCAGCAAAAAAGCUCACCAGGCGAUAAUCGGUCAGAAUGGAUCUUCAACAUUGGUCGCCUUGGGCGCGACUGGCUCUGGAUAUGA